CGCGGCGGAGAGCCCGGGCCGGGCCGGGCCGAGCCGAGCCGGGACGAGCCGAACCGGGCUGAACCGGGCCGGGGCCGCAGCGAAGCAGGGAGGUGCUGUCACGGCAGCUGCUGGCAGCCCCAAAGCACCUUGCUCGGAGCCCCAGGACAGGUCUGGUUCUCCCGAGGGAGCCCUGGGCAGCCGGGAGCUCACGAGUGACGGGUGGGCAGUCGGUCACGCAGGCACAGAAAGGCCCGGGCAGAGAGGAAGGGCUCAGCUCCUCCAUCGCGUGUGCUGUUUGUGUCCCACCACGACUUUCUCCCUCCUUGGAUGGCCACCGUCCAACGUCAGCGCAGUCCUGACCUUCACACCCGGUCUGUUGAAACAUCCAAACUUUUCUGUCCUGAAACGGCGCUGCACGACUGGGACAGGCAGCUCAGCAGCCAGCUGCUGCAGGGGCGGAGCUGGAGUUCCUCCCGCUUUUGUCUCUCGCCUUGGUGUGUUUUUUUUUUUUUUCUGCAGGUGAACAAAUCCCCGGUGUAAAAUCAGAAAGCAAACAGCAUGGGAUCGGGGAUGGGGGUAGGGAUCUGAGCUUCGGCAGCGCGCUCCGUCAGCCAGACUUUUGCAAUAACGUGCAAAGCUCUGUGUGCAAUCUGAAGUGAGCAAAGAGCUUGGGCAAGGGCUGCGAACACGAGGUCAGAAACGGGAAAGAUUCGCAAAUGAAAUAUUUUUAAGGUGGGGAAGGCAGAGUUAGAAAAGCAUGCAAAAUUAUCCUAAUAAUAGGACCUAACGCUUGCCGUCGCCACAGCUGUCUUGCAAGGCUGAAUUCACCUCCUGUGCUGUUUGUACUCGCAUUUCACCACUCCAGUCAUUUUUACAAGCAAGGAAACUGAGGCAAAGGGAGGAGGAUUGCUUCACGUACAACUUCUGAGCUUGGCCCUUUGCCACCCAGCCUCAGCUCUGCAACUGCCCUCGUUUGCAGAUGGCACCGGGUGGAAGUUGCUCCUUGUUUUUUGACCGUCAGACUCGCAGUUGUCCCCAAAUGGAAACUGCGCUUUAUUCCUAAACGUCCAGGCUGCCCCUCCAGCUGUAGGUCUGCGGGCUUCUGCAGCCCUCGGAUAACGGCAUCACCUCGAGAAAAGAGGGGGAGCUGGAGGGCCUGGAAGAUGUCACCACCCCAGUUCCAAAGAGGAAACAAUCUUCUCUUUCUCAGUGUUAAUUAAACUCGAUUUUAAAGCUUCCAGUGAGGCCGUUCAGCAUCAGGCUUCCUGCACCGUCGAGUUGCUCCGAACCUCUGCUGUGCCGCUAACGCCGCUGCGCGGUUUGUCUCCGUUCUCUUUGCUGCUAUCUUCUGAGUACUUGAGGACUAUUCAUCACAUCUUUCUUGAGUGUUCUCUAGACUAAACAAACCCAUUUCCUUCAAGCUGUCCUUGCAGGUCAUGUUUUUCCUACACCUCUGCUCAUUCUCACAGCUCUCCCCUGGACUCCCUCCAGCUCCUCCCAGCACUGGACAGUACUCGAGCUGAGGCCUUACCAAUAUCGAGGAGAAUUAUUUCCUUUGUCUGGCAAGCAGCACUCCUGUUUAUGCAUUCCACAGCGGUGGUUGCUUUUUCUUUCUCUUUUUCCCAGUAGUAUGACAUUUUGGACUCGUGUUACGCCUCGCCGCAGCCCCCAGAUUUCCUUUCGAAAGCCUUUAGGAGCUGCAGCAGAUUAGGGACGGAGCUGCUCUCCCAGCCAGGCCUGGAGCGCUGAACUCCGGCUCCGAGUCCUGCUUCCAGACCAAGCUUCCUCGUCUGGAGUGCCCGGUAGCUGACAGCCUUUCGCCCAGGAGACGUGCCAAGAGGCUGAGCGACCUGCAGAUCUGUAGGGUUUUUUUCUACAAGGGAAACAAAAGCCUUCUCCAGAUGUGAACCACCUGGGUAGCAGAAGUAGUUUCAGGGGGUGCCCAACUGACACGAGAGCCACCAUGAACGUGGGAACGGCACACAGCGAGGUGAACCCCAACACCCGUGUCAUGAACAGCCGCGGCAUCUGGUUGUCCUACGUCCUUGGAAUCGGCCUGCUGCACGUUGUGCUCCUGAGCAUCCCCUUCUUCAGCGUGCCCGUGGUUUGGACUCUCACUAACAUCAUUCACAACAUGAGUAUGUACAUCUUCCUACAUACCGUGAAAGGAACCCCUUUUGAGACGCCAGAUCAGGGGAAGGCUCGGCUGCUCACGCACUGGGAGCAGAUGGACUACGGCGUGCAGUUCACAGCGUCCCGCAAGUUCCUGACCAUCAUGCCCAUCGUACUGUAUUUUCUAACCAGCUUUUACACAAAGUAUGACCGGAUACACUUCGUAAUCAACACCAUCUCCCUGAUGAGCGUCCUGAUCCCCAAGCUGCCUCAGUUUCACGGAGUCCGGAUCUUUGGGAUCAACAAGUACUGAACUGCGUAAACGGAGCGCAUGGAAGAGGAGCAGAGGCGAGGGGAAGUUCCUUCUCUCUUGCUCUGUUUCUUCACCCCCAUGCCCACUGGGAUCUGAUUUCACAGUGGCUGUUUAAACGCAGUACCCGAUAGACAUAUACCGCAUGCUGGAUCCUCAUGCCCAAUAAAUCUAAACAAGCUCCAGAGUAGAGUUUAGCGCGGAGCA